AUGGAGGGGGAGCCCCCGGGCCCCGGGGAGCAGGCGCUGCAGGAGUUCCAGGCUCUGGUGGAGCUGGUCGGGGGGAAGCCAGAGGUGCUGCUGGUCGGGGAGGUGCUAGAAGUGGGGGAGACCCGGGCGCUGCUGGGGACUUUUGCCCAGGAACUCUUCGGGGAGCAGCCCGGGCCCGCGGCGGGCAGCGAGAGGCAACCCGGGGACCAGGCGGCCGGCGGGAGGGAGACGGGGGGGCAGCCCGGGGACCAGGCGGGCGGCGGGGGGACGCCAGGGGGGCGGCCCGGGGACCAGGCGGGCGGCGGGGGGAAGCUGGGGGGGCGGCCCGGGGACCAGGCGGGCGGCGGGGGGAAGCUGGGGGAGCGACCCGAGGACCAGGUGGGCGGCGGGGGGAAGCUGGGGGGGCGGCCCGGGGACCAGGCGGGCGGCGGGGGGAAGCCGGGGGGGCGGCCCGGGGACCAGGCGGGCGGCGGGGGGACGCCAGGGGGGCGGCCCGGGGACCAGGCGGGCGGCGGGGGGAAGCUGGGGGAGCGGCCCGGGGACCAGGCGGGCGGCGGGGGGAAGCCGGGGGGGCGGCCCGGGGACCAGGCGGGCGGCGGGGGGAAGCUGGGGGGGCGGCCCGGGGACCAGGUGGGCGGCGGGGGGAAGCUGGGGGGGCGGCCCGGGGACCGGGGGGGCGGCGGGAGGAAGCCAGGGGAGCGGCCCGGGGACCAGGCGGGCGGCGGGGGGGAGCGGCCCGGGGACCAGGCGGGCGGCGGGGGGAAGCCAGGGGAGCGGUCCGGGGACCAGGCGGGCGGCGCGGGGAAGCCAGGGGAGCGGCCCGGGGACCAGGCGGGCGGCGGGGGGACGCCGCUUCGCCAGGUCCGGGUGUGCAUCGGCCCCGGCGGCGCCGGCCGGGAGAUCCGCUCCCCGCUCAUCUUCCUGCUGUGCCGGGCUGGCUCCCUGCAGCCGCGGCGGGCCCGGGCCCGCCUGCGGGAGAUCGCGCGGGACCUGCGGAGCCGGCUGCCCCGGGGCCCGCCGCCCGCCCUGGUGGGGGUGAUCGUGCAGCCCGGCCCCGGCGAGGAGGCGGCGGCGGCGGCGCUGCUGGAGACGCUGCUCUGCGAGGUCUUCCAGGGGCAGCGGGCCGGGCGGCAGGACACGGUGCAAGCGGCCGCCUACAGCCCCGGCCGCCCGGACGGGACGCUGGAGGUCCGGAGAGCCGCCUGCCGAGCCCUGCGAGCGGCCCUGCAGCACCGAGCAGGUGGGGAGGAGAGAGAGAAGCGGAGAUUCCCCUCCCUCCUGCGGUGCGUCCCCUGGGGCAGGAGGAGCCGGAGAAGAGGCCGAUCGGCUAAUGCUGCCAACAACCUUCAUGAGGGUGGCCUGCAAGACUCCAAGGAGGGAGUGGCUCUGACAGGCAUGUCGCUAAACGGAAACUGUGAAGAAGCAAGCAGAGGCACAGGCACUUAAAGCUCCUGGGUGGCGUCAAGGCAACGCCCUUGCAGAUUUGCUCUUAUAGCAUGAGGACGACGGGCUGAAUUCACCCUGGUGAUCUUCUGGAAAGGGGACAUGGAAGCUAUCACCCAGCUCUUGGGAAAAGCUGCUACCUUCUGUAGCAACAGUGUCCGAGCCAGAUAACCGUCCUGCUCCCACCCCACCAUUGCUGCAGCAAAACCCAGAGGAGGGUCAUGUUCUACCACCUGGUAGAGUUCAUUUGUAGAUGCAUCCAAUGGGAUUUCUUAAAGGCCCACAGUCCAUUUUAGCAUUUCACGGGAUGUGUGACUGCAGGAAUCCCAGGUAUAAAACGUGCUCAGCUGCUAGAAGAGAGAGUCUUUCAUUUGAACAACAAAAUUCCCCUCCAAGAGGCUUUCUGGGUUUCUUUGCUGAUGAAAGCAAUCUCCUGCCUUGCCCUCAUGCUUUAGUGCUGUUCUAAAGCUCCAGAUAACGGCCUCAAUAGACCUUCCAUUUCUAUUAUGGCUUCCCCAUUAGGAAACAACAUGCAAGUGGGGGAGAAAGUGAUAAGAGCUGCAGGGAGGUCAUGGUGCACCUGCUCAUCUCCAUGUACGGAUCUUGGGACACACUGGUGAGUUGAAGAGGAUUGAAUGCAAUAAUCUAAUGUGAAGAAAGGCAAUAAUUGCUACUGUCAUGCUGGACAAUCACGUGCACAAUGCAGAAGUCACUGAUGGUCAUGUCAAUGGGAGAGCGGUCUGAGAGAGCCGUUCAUUCCAUACGGCUAGUCCUGGUGCUGAGUGAGUGAUUUACAGGUUGCAUUGGAGGCAGAGCAACCAACAAUGCUUAUAGCAUUUCCACGUUCUGAUGGGGGUACAGAUGUCCAUACCCCCCACCCUCCAACUUCUUAACCGUGGGAUCCCAACAACCACACGGCUUUCAGGCCCCGAAGAUCACCCUAUAUGUUCAUCUCUCUUAAAGAUAUGACUUAAUACUAUAUAUUAGUUUUCAAAGGUAUUUUUUUAAUCUGUCUGACAACCAAUAGUUUUAAUUAGGCUUUUAUUUCCAUGGAGUAUUAAUGGGACACUGGAUAUGUCCAGCUUCAACAUAACAAAUGUUUGAGUUUGGCUUGGUUUUCCUUGCUCUCUGUUGUGAGUUUUCAUCUGGAUCAGGCUGUUGACAGGACACUCUCGCCUCAAUUAUGUCCCAUCUCAUUGUCCUCCAGGGUUGCUGGGAGGCUCUUUCAUUUGGGUCAGUCCAUCAACUGUUGUUUUGUCUUCUUUUGUUCGUUGGUUGGCAGAGAAGUGGUUAAUAACUGAGCACUGUGUAAUCCUAGCGAAUCCAAGCUCCUGAUGAGAUGAAAAUUGGUCCUGUCCCUCCUAAGAGCAAUGUGCCUUAGGCAUUCCUUAUCGUGUAGAAUAGGGGGUGGGCAGUCAGGACACCUGGGUUCUGUACCCAGCUCUGACCAUGGACAAAUCAUUUAAUUUCUCUGUGCUUCAAUUUCCUCAACUGGAGAAUGGGGAUUUUGAUAUUUACCUACCUCACAUAGGAGCUGCAAGGCCUCAUUAAUCCCUGACAAGUGCUUGGAGGGGCCAGAGAAGAGCAAUGGGAGAACAAGAGUGUACUAUAGUCUACAUGUUAACUGUUUCCCUUCUGGGGUCUCCCAAUGGUGCUGCAGUGAUGUUUCUGCUCUAUGAAAGCAGCUCGCUGCAUCUGGGGUGAUUGGGUGGCUGCUGAGCAGUGGAAAAGAGCAUUAGGUGUCAGGGUCUGGGGGAGUGGGAGGGACAGAGUAAGUGGGGAAAAGUUUUAUCUGAUCCUCGACUGGUGUUUGAAGAAAUUCUUUGGUGGAAAUUUACGUUGUAAUUCAGGUCACUUGACAACUUUGCUGCUGAAAGUUUUUGUGGCUCAUGACUUAGGCCUUGUCAACAUAUGUGUGUUCGUUCAGUAUAGCCUAAGGUGAGACUUUAAUCCCAGUAUAACACUCUCUGUGGACACGCUUAUCCUGGUCUGAGAGUGCCUUUUAUUUAAAUUUAGUUUAUAUCACUUGGGGAUGGGUUUAAGCUAAACUGAAAAAAGCCACUCUUAUUUUAAUGUGUGUGUCCACACUGGGAGUUAUAUCUGGGUAAAACUUUCCAGUGUAGACAAGGCUUUCAACAGAACCUGGAAGGUAGAUAAUACAGCAGAACCUCGAGUUACGAACACCACAGUUAUGAACUGGCCGGUCAACCACACACCACGUUUGGAACCAGAAGUGCACAAUCAGGCAGCAGUAGAGACAAAAAACCUCAAAUACAGCACAGUCCUGUGUUAAAAGUAAACUACCAAAAAAAAA